GUCAGUAACAGCUCACCGCCUUGGUUGGACAUUGGAUUGCUGACCUACGGCCUCCUACGGUGCAGACAUUACGAUGCCCUUGGUCUUGGAAACCUCUGCAUGCGUGCACUGUAAUGGCACACAUACUCGCUAUGACGCCUAUCUCAUGACAUGUUCGCAAUGCAAGGUGUCCUAUCAUCACACAUGCCACCAACCGCCUCUCACCCAAGAUCGCCUGACAAGCAUCCUCAAUGCUACAUUUUCUGAAGUUCCAGUCGUCGAAAAUACCCUACUAUCGUGGAAAUGCAGUCGCUGCACCAGAGCGAAGACGGUCGCUCCCAGGGUAUCAACCAGCCUGGGGAAACGGCCAAUGACUGCGGCAUACCAGAGACCAGCUAAACGGGUGCCACCUGCAGACGCGUCAGUUGAGGUCAUCGCGAUAUGCAGUGACAGCGAGCCGGAGGAUGAGCCAUCUGUUAUCUCCCGAGAAUUCACUCCCGUUCUCCCGAAUCUACGGGCCCGACGUUGGUCAUCUCCCAUCGAAAUAAUCGAUUCACCGUCUCCCCGCUCAGAGUCAUCGCAUACACGCCCUUUUGCGGAUUCAAUAUCGGCUGUCAGAAUCGUCGAUGACCGUAUGGAUAUCGACGAGGAGCCGCAAAUCGCACCAGUUCCAGAUGUCAAGCCCGAUAUUGCGACUACCUGGUUGAGGGACAUCUUCUAUAAAGACCUGCCUUUGGAGCAAUCGCGAAGAAAAGAUGGCCCGGGUCGUAGACCUCGGAAAGUCAGAGUAGUAGUGAAGCGUCAGGGAGCCGUCGAUUCCUUUUAUCUCUGUACAAAGGAUUGGAAGCCAAAUAAGCGUUGAUGUUGAUUGAAUACCACUGCAAUGAUUGAGG